AUGUAUGGGUCGCAAUCCGGUCACCAAAGUUCGGCUCCUCCACAGCCCGAAUGGCGUCUGCCUUCCAGCACGCAGCAACCAGCUUCAUCUCGCCAUCAUCCUCCGCAACCAUCAUGGCGAGCUUCUUCCCCGCCGCCUCCGCCGCCUCCUCCGCGAACAACAACAACAACAACAUCCUCAUCAUCCCCGUUCAACCCCACCGUCUACGGUCAAAUUUCCAAUCCUACCUCAACGGUCAAUAAUUAUCCGGGUACAAGCGUAUCCCCCGUUUCUGCCGUUGCGGGCUCCGAAACCACUUCAUGGGGAGUGAAGUACAAUAGGCACCAACUUCAUGCGCAGUCGCCCCCACCACUACCCCCGCGGCCUUCAAGCACGGCGCAAUCACCACAGGCGCAGUCUCCAGUUGUGAGCCCGCUAGACCCAAAUAAACCUUUACCAGCUGCCCCAGGCUGGGCGACCCAGUCGGCGGAUAAUACAUCCUACCAGCAGUGGCCGUCGAAUCCUUCAUAUGCUCCCCAGCAAUCUGUCAGCGCUUCGUCGUUACAGCCUCCACCACCGCCUCCGGCUAUAUCCACUGGUUACCAGAGCUCAAGUGCCCAGCAGAGCAACCCAUGGCAGCAGCCACCUGCGGUUCCUCCUCCUCCCUAUUCGGGUGUUCCCCUGGGUCAGUAUCAAGAUUCCUCAGUGCAGCAGCCAGCGACCUUGCCAAGCAACCAACAAAUCACCGGCCACAAUGCGCCUAACCCGGCCAUUCCCCAAGCCCCAAGCCCCAAGCCAAGCACUGGUUUGCAUUAUGAGAGUCAGCCACUACCCGGGCCCCCACAGGCUCCCGUGGCUGCGACUCUGAGUCCAACACAUGGAACACCGCCCGUCGUUCCUCCACCGGUGCCUCCCAAGACCAGCCCCAUCACUGUCCCGACUAGCGCUUCUGUCCUGGCCACUGGCGGUCCUUCGGACUGGGAGCACCUAUCUCCCAUUCCAGGAAGCAUCGAUGAUUUAGGUGCAUUUGGUUCCCGGCCCCAGGAUGGGUCCUCUUCAGAGCCACUGUCGCAGGUGUCUCAGAGUCGCCCUCCAAAUAUCGGAGAGCCUGUAAGAAAGGAUGAAUCCGUGAGCCCCAUUACGCCCCCGAACAAUGCACCCCAAAUGACAAGUCAGACUGAAGGCCCUUUGGCUAGUCAGACCGUGGUAAGGGGUGAUCCACACCAACCAGUCAGGAUGGGUAGUACUGGAUCUGUUUCUAGUGAUAUCUCCACCUCUGAAACCCCUGAGAGCAUUGACGGCAUCAUUGAAGCUUGGAAUCGACCUAUCUCCUCGCAACCAUCAGCUGAGCAGAAUCCUCAGAGCUCAGCGUCUGGGGUCAGGGCAGGGAUCUUGCCUCCUUCGCGGAAGCAGAGCCCCAUUGGGACCCCGACGCCUAGACAGGAAUCGAUAAUUCCUCGAAAGCAAGUUCGGUCUGGGUCGAGCUCAGUGGAGUCGAGCAGCGUCACUAACGGCCCAACUACGGACAAACGGACAAUCCUCCCUGCCUUUGUACCACUUGAUCCGUACGAUGAUUUGGAUCCCUGGUCCAAAUCCUCGUUGGAACGUUACGUUGCAAUGCUACGAAAGGAGGCAGUGGCUGAUUCCGAUGCGGAGCGUUAUAAUAUAUUCACAGCUUUCAUGGCUAAGGAGACCAAAUUACGAGAGAUCCUAUUCAACAUUGAGCCUGAAUCGACGCGUUUGGGUGAGAAUCCUAAAGAGAGUUCGCGGCAACCAACGCCCACUCUACGCGCAUCGACCAGUGUGUCUAAUGAUGACGCGGAUUCCGGUCUGAUCCCAGUCGAAACCGAAGGCGGCCAUGUGGUCUCGACUACUGACGAUGCCGACUCGGAAGAUGGAAGCUACAGUCCUGGAGGGCGUCCCAUUCUUCCCAGAAUACAGACACCUGGCGCAACGAAGUUACAGAGGUCUGCCUCGCAUACAGUGAGCAAUAAAUACAACACUGAUCACGUUGCUCAUGCUACGUCAUCACGGGCGACAUCAGUGCCACCCUCCAUGCUCGGUGAUGCCCGACAGGAACAUGCCUUGCCCCCUCUGACUACCAAUCCUCCACAGCCGAUUUAUAUCCCAUUUCGCUAUACUGAAGGCCCUCAGCGGGGCUCUGAUGUGCUUGUGUUUGAUCGGCCUGCAUAUCAAGCCUAUUCCGACCUGCGGCAGGCGUCAGCUGAGAGUGGGCGGGUAAUGUCAAAUGCUCCAGCACCUGCUCCCGGAGAAAGACCGGAUUCAGCAGUGCCCUCGCGUCGGAAUGAACAUGAUGAAACGUUCAUUGGGCUGAUAAGGGAGAAGAGCGUUGCCUACCGAAAGAGAGCACCCCGGAAAACAUCCUCUCCGCCACCACUGCCGGCUGCUCUCAGACAUGGGAAACCAGCUGGUCCAGUUGACGACUUGCGGUCAAUGGCUUCGUCACCGCUGUCUAAACAAUCAGAAAGCUCGUGGAACAUGACGACUAGGAAGGAUCUGGAGAAUUACUCUAGUGACUUCUCGUACAUCAGGGAGGCGGUAAAGUCUUGGGAAAUUUCCAGCAAAUCGCGCAGAGAGCAACUGGAUAAGGAGCGGAUCCACCGCCAGGAAGUGUCGGAGAAGCGAAUUGAUGCGCUCUUUAAUGGGAAAGAGAUUGGCUAUGCCGAUAUCAACGUGCUGGAGGAGGAGUUCCGUCAGAAAGAGGCUCGCGCCCAGCUAGACGAAGAAAGACAGGAGUUGGACAAGUUUGUCGCCGAAGUGUUCGAACCUUUGGAUCAACGUUUGAAAGAAGAAAUAGCUGCUCUUCAGGCGCUCUACGAAGCCGCGCUUGCUCAACUUGAUCAUGAAAAUGGACGGACCAAGUCUGCGACCACUGAUAGGUACAAUUUGUCGCACACAAUGAGGACGGUGAAUGAGAUUUAUCGCAAACUCGAGCUACGCUACCAGAAACGUCUCGAAAUUGCUUUGGAUAGGGAGCGCCGGCGGAAGAAGGCUGAGAGGCGACCUCUUGUUUUCAUGGGCGACUCCGUAGCCCUGAAAGGCGUGGAUCAAGAAUUCGACCAGAUGGAGAAACGGAACAUCCUCGAGGCGGCUAGAGAGCGAGAUAAUAGAGCUAACCGACUGAUGGACUCGUUUGAUGAUGCCAUCAUGCACGGGUUGGGUGAAAACCAGAGCCUCCUUGACGAAGUUGCCGCGAAGGUGGCCAAAGUCGAUACCGCGACCAUUCGCUCGUCUGGGCUGCCAGAGUCCGAGGUGGAACAGUUGCUGAAAUCAGUAUAUAACCUGAUCGAGUCUUUGCGUAAAGACUCUGAGUCCAUCUUGCACAAUUUCAAUAUGGCUGAUUCGGUACUCAAUGAUGCUGAUUACAGUGUUUCUGUGGCCGAGGCGCGUUAUUCAGACGCCGAUGCCGAUGUUUUCCGCCGACUCGAUGAUGAAAAGAGGAAGGAAGACACGAAAAUCCAAACGGAUCUGAAGACCAAACUCGAGAGUAUCAGGUCUGGUCCUGCAAAUAUAGUUACUAGCAUAAACGGCCUUCUGGAGUCUCUAGGCAAGCCUCCUAUCAUUGAUCAAACUGGUCCUUCAUCACAGAUGCCAGCCGAUACACCUGCCUCAGUAUCGCAGCAUCUCCCUGCUGAAAUUGCACCACAAAAACCCCAGGAAGAUCCAGAGCAUCAGGAAAGGCUCCGGAAAGCAUUGGAGAAUGCGAAAAGGAGAAACGCAGCGCGGGUGAACACUGAAAUAAGCCGCCCUUGA